UGAAGUUUGGAAGACCCUGGAUAAUAUGGUCUUUAGUGGUGAGGCAUGCGGUGUAGAAGUACGCAUGGACGUUUUCGAGAAGAUCGGUGCAUUCGGAAACCAGAAAUGCGACCAUGGAUGCAACCUGGGUGCCAUUGAAGCCAGCCUUCAAGCAAGCUGGGACAAGAUUCAGCCCUUCUUUGAUUUCCUCAACGACUGGCUCGAGAACUCGAUCAGCCCAUGGAGCCUCAAGAACCCAAGUUGCACCGAGAUUGUUGAGCCCGCCAUCAUUGCCGUUAGAGACGCCGUUGUAAACUCUGGUAACUGCAAACCAAAAGCACUCGCCGUUUUCCUCGACGGCGGCUAUGGCCUCUUCGAAAAGGACGAUCUGGGUAUUGAAAGUAGUGCUUACAGUCGCUGCAAUAGUUUCAGGCAUCACAGUGAAUUUUUUAAGAGCCACUACAGACAGUGGCCAACAGACGCCCAUGGCAUUGCUCAGGUUAUCAUGAGCAACAUGCUAGUAGUAGGAAUAGAGAGAACAUCGUAACAGAUCUCGAUUUCCGACCUUGGUGUGAAUCACUAAUCAACUGAAUAACAUUCGUUCGGCUUAAUAAAA